AUGACGGAAAAAGCAGUUCGCAUAAAGGAUAUGAUCACCACCCUAUUUAGCGAUAUCAGAAGACAAUUAGAUUUAUUACAGAGUAAAGUAUUUUGUGAGCUGUCCAGUGAAGAGGAGCGAGUGUCGCUCUCAAUCUCUGACCCGAUUAAGCAGCUGGAAACUGAGAAGGACAAAAUGUCUGUGGAGAUUAAUCAAAUUGAUGAGAUGUGUAAUAUGACAGACCUGUUAGCUCUACUGCAAGCUGGAAAAUCUAGUUUCCCUGGAAUGGACAAAAAGAUUCUAAACGAGAAAAGGGAUGCUCUCCAUUCUAUAAAUGGCUUGGAUGAAGGUCUGAUUGCAGCUACCUUCUACAAAGGUUUAGCAGAUAUUGUGACUGGGAUAAAGAGGAGAUCCUAUGUCGCAGCAGACUUGGACAUUUUAUUGGAUGUAAAUACAGCAGCCAACUCUUUAGCCAUUUCCGCAGACUUAAGACUUUCCUCUAGUUCAGUAAUAGAGAACGAUUACACAGAGACACCCCAGAGGUUUCAAUCCCAUCAAGUUUUAAGCACCAGGAGCCUUAGUACAGGACAACAUUAUUGGGAAGUAGAAACAGCAAGAACUGGAACCUUUAGGUUAGGGGUGGUUUAUGCGAGCAUAGACAGACAAGGCGGAACAUCAUUCAUUGGAAAUAAUGAUAAGUCUUGGGGUUUGCGUAGGUGUAAAAAUCAGUAUUCAUUUCGUUAUGACCAAGUAAAUGUUAAGAUACCUCACAAGCCCUCCAGUCAGACUCUAGCAAUAUUUCUGGAUUAUGAGGCUGGCCAGUUGUCUUUUUAUGAGCUCAGUGACCCCAUUAGACACCUCUACACCGUAAAAACCACAUUCACAGAACCAGUUCACCCUGCAUUUCUCAUAUGCGAUAACUGCUGGAUAAGAAUUAUCACUUAGAUUUAGAAAAAUAAAUAAAAAUCAAUCUAGUCCUAGAUCAUAGAUCAGUCUGAUUAGGGACCUCCACUUGCCAACAUUUGCUUUGACACAAGCCAUAUCUUUGAUCCAUAGUAGUUUGGUUCCUAAAUGUCUGCAUACGCCUCAUUUGUCUACACAUCCUUAUGUUAUCUGAUUAACUUCCCCUUCAUUUCAGCCACAAAUACCCCCCACCCCUCACCAAAUUGUAGGGCAAUACAGCGACAAUGGAGGAUAUUUCACACUGUAUAAUUUUCCCAUGGAAUGUCCUUGGUUAUGCUUCUUCUGAACAAUCAGGUGGUGUAAGUCUUUACAAAUGCGGCUACCUGACACGGUAAUAAAUAGUUUUCCCCCAUGUUAAGUUGUUUUUCUUACCUUAAUGCAAAAUAGAAAUACUCCUCUUAGCAUUUAUGAGAAUUAUUUUAACUAAAUAAAAGGCCGGACCGGGGCAGAGCAUUAGGGGAGGCUGGCAUGACGGGGGGUUUGGUUAGUGAGACCAGGGGAGGGGCGAAUGGGUAAUUUGAAAAAGGAGUGGACUAUGAGGGGGUUAAAAUGGGAGGUGAAGCAAUGAAUGGGCGCCAUUUUGUGAAGGGAGAAUGAACAGCUACCACCCACCCUCCCUGUUCUUCUGGGGCAGCUAGGUGCAGUGAGAGUUCUUGUUUUGGGGCGGGGCAUGGAUUUUUGUCACGGUAGUUGGUGGCGAGAGGUCCUUGAAGUUGUAUUAAAUCUCUGGUGGGGAGGAUGGGAGGCAUCCAUGGUUGGCGGUUGGUUGUGGCAGGGUUAGGGGUCCAUCAGUGGUGCCUCCGAGCUAGCGCUUAUCGGCUGGGGACAAGAUGGUGUACCCUGGGCGGUGUUAAGUA